GCAUGCUGAAAUUGAACACGUUCUUGUCUCUCACUCUUCCGCGUCGUCCCAACAGCAUGCUUCUUAUGCGCAAGUCAUUUACAAGCCUUCGGGUAAAAUCAAUGAACCAGGAUUUUUUUCGCAUAAUGUUAGUUAUUGGUCAAUUGAUGUUUCAACGUUUUUCGCGUGUUCCUAGGCUAGCGUCUUACUAAGAAAUAAUGUCAGCCCUCAUGCGAAGGCUGCUCGUCGCCGCCUGCGCCACACUUGCGCAGCCAGACGCUAUCUCUCACUUCAGUAGUCUUACUGUUUCCAGUAGCCCUCUGAUUUUCGCCGUUGCUGCAGAAUCAAAGUCUACAUCAUCUUCAGAGACGAAAAAAAAGAAGUCCAGCAAGUCAUUCGAGGACAAGGAGGGAGCAUCUUCUUCUUCUUCAAAAGCAAAAUCCACACCAGAACAGCAGUUCUGGUCUUCAACGCCAUUCCUCAUCGCUAGUUUUGUACUUUCCACUGGGAUUUUCGCCGUUUUCAUCGUCUCCAAUGGCCUUGCAGGUGGUGCUGGACGACACACUGUCAAGGCUGAUGCGCAUGUGGCCUUGUUUGGAGCUUGCAACUCCGGAAAAACUUCGCUGUUCUUCCUCUUGCGUGAUGAUGAACGCGACGUGCCUUUAGUCAGUUCUUUGAAACCAUCGAGGGAUGUCAUCAACUUCAAAAGAACAUCUCCUUUAGCACCAGCAUCGCCCAUCAAAACUACCAGAGUAGCUACUUCAGAAGAGCAACAUCAAGAUGCUGAGCAAGAUGAAGCAGGACCAUCUUCUCCAGUCGAGUUGCUCGAUUGCCCUGGCCAUCCUAUGAUGCGCAUGGGCAACCGCAAUGCUGUCAUCAGCAUGCUCAAAGCCAAUACGGGGAAAAAAUCUAAAACAGGCAUCCUCUACCUCGUAGAUGGCAGUGACAAGGCUGAACUGAAAAAUGCAGCCGAGCACCUCUACGAUCUCUUCACCGAUACCGAGUUCGUCAAGGCGGAUCCGGCACUGUUGUUGACUAUCAACAAGACUGACAAGAUGCAGAGGACUGAGAAGAUGGUAGUGGACGAGAUCGAACGCGAAAUCGAACGCAUGCGAGCUUCGCGCUCGCACGCUUUGGAAAACGACGACGCGGCGGACCAGUACCUAGGCGUAGAAGGAGAGCGUUUCAGCAUCAAGAAACACGCACCGUUGAGCACUGUGGAGACCUGCGCAGUGUCGGUAAAGCUGAACAAGAUCGACCCAGUGAGGAACUUCGUGGCCAAUUUGUUGGACUAGCUGCAGUAGACUGGUAGGAUGGGGAGGUGUCGUCAACUGUGACGUGAUUUAGACACAAGAUCAAGGAAUGCAGACGACGUUGAGUUUUUCGCAACCAGCACAACUCUACCUCCAUGAUCAAAAAGGUCAACACACCACAAAAACUUUUGCUUCAUUUUGUCUUUAUCCUCGAUAUUUUAUCAUACAGGCCGACAAAGUUUUCUUUUUAAACUUUAUUUCCUCCUUGUUCCCCCAUUGAAUAUCAUGCGCCUAGUGACCACUUCUAGC